AUGGGCUUAGUUGAAGCUGCGGCUAAGUCUAUCAAGCGUCAUCAGAAGGACCGGAUGCAGAAACUGUGUGCUCCCCUGGAAUGCUUCGAAGCAUAUCGAUUUACUGUUACUGCCAUUAGCGUGUCUGCAAAGUCGAGCUAUACUGAUGAGUUCAACACGCUCACUAAGGACAUUGCGGAGUUUAUAGAAUCUAGCUCCGGCACAUCAACACAGCCCAAUAAUUCUCCCUGGAAUGGUCGGGUGGACACUCUCGACUCAAUGUACCUCGUCCUGGCUUACUUUUUGACUCUUGUCAGGUGCCCGGACGUCUGGCGCCAGGUUAACGUUGAAUCCCGCCGCUCUCUCUUUCAAAAUAUGCUCUCCUUAGCAACAUCCCAGUAUCACCCGUCUUCGACCCUUGAGACACCUCCAUCUGAGGCAAGGUUCUUACAAGCCUGGGCGAGUGUGGUCUGCCACGAAUAUCUUCUUAAUGCUCCUGCCAUCGCCAUAGACCUGAUUGCUGUCCUAUCGGAACGUGUCAAAGAGGACGCCUCGAAUAGGAGACUUUAUGUUGAGAGUCUUCAGAGAAUUCCUACGGCGCUUAUUACACGCCGUCAGAGGGGACUUCUCCUAGACCUUUUGCAGGAUGUUGUUGUAAAGGAAGGUAGCACGGCUGAAAUCACCGUAGGGUUAUUGUCCCUGAUGGCGAAGCUGGCCGACAUGCCUAAGUCCACGGCAGCUUUAACCAGCGAUUGGGAACCCAUCUGGACAGUGGCUAAAGCUGUCAGUUUACAGGGGACAGAGGUUGACCUGCAGAUCAUGAAAGCAUUUAGAAACUUACAUCGAGCAGUCGUAUCUAAGCUUCUUGUCCUCUCCGAAGAGGAUUGUCGCAGACUAUUCAAGAAAAUGUAUCGCAAAGUUUCGUCAAAGGCAUCCAAAUUGCGGUCUAUUGACCGUAACUCCAUGGAUUGCUUUUUCUUGAGGAUCUCCCUGUCUCAGCUCUGGCUCCAUCGUAAGCGACUUUCUGGUGUUGAUGAGACAGAAUUGGCUGCAUGCCGCCAAAAGUUUUUCGACUUAGUCGUGAUGGAGGUCAAGUCCGUCAAAGAUCAAUGCAAGAAGCAGAAAUUAGAGGAGACUAUUACCUUGAUCAAGAUCCUGGAUGCAUUGGAGGACUUUGAGGACCUGGCGACUGAUCACACUGAAGUUGAGAAGUUCUUGACCAAGAUCGAGAAUUAUGUCGAAAAGUCCGUGGACUCAGGGUCUUCACUGAGAAGGCUCAUCAGGCGUCGUGUCUUGGCUGGUAAAGGCACGGAGAAGAGUAUUACGCUGCCUGUUAUAAGCUGCGCCGAGACACUGCCGCUCCAACACAUGUAUGGCGAAGAGCAGCAGCUGUUCAUUCGAUCAACGACCGCCAGAUUCCAGUCGAUGACUGUGGACCAACUGACUCAAGCAAUCCAAGAUAUCCGAGAACUUGGAUUCGAUGGAGAAAAUGCCGCCUAUCACCUCCUCGUUUCCGGCUUAGCUGUGGCCUCCCUAACCCCUGUCGAAGAUAAGGAAAGCGGCACAGCCAAAGAACUCUCUCUCCUGUGCACCGCUAUCACAGAUUCUGUUCGCCGUAGCAGAUCUAUCGAACAUUUUACACUCGCUACAGAAUGUCUAGAUAUUCUUCUGCGUAACCACACUCGCUGCAUUACUCAGUGGAAUAUCGACAGUCUUCUGGCAUGUGUUGCGGUGUGCGCUUCAAAGGCUGGUCCACUGAUUAGCCCCGAAUAUUCCGCAUCAAUCUAUAUUCGACUAUGUCGGUUGAUGGGUGUGCUCUUUGGUAUUCACCGCCAGAAACUCGGUGGUCGUUUCCAUCUGAUUCUGCCUGCCAUGCAACGACUUCUUAACUGUUUGUUCGCUCGCAGUAAGAAGCGCACAAGGUCAAUGCUAGCCGAGAAGAGAUCCGCUCAGCAACCAUUCUGGUUGGCACCCCUGCAGGCCGCUCACGCCGUGCACUUUACCCGUCUCCUCACAUCACUUUGCGACCCGACCGUUUCCGCGGUGUCGAGGCCCACCCAGACCGGGCUGAGUCACGAAGGGCUGACUGACCAGACCAAGAAAGCUAAGCGUAUCGCAGGUCAGUAUCUUCAGUAUCUUAUCAUGGAGUAUGCGGAGAGCUCCCUGCGCGGCUCACUGGCACCAGAAGUCAAAGCUGCCAUCCUGCCGGGUCUCUACUCCGUUUUGGAUGUGAUGUCGCGGGAUACCAUGCGGGCAUUGAAUGCCGGACUAGAUGUAUCCGGGCGUGCGAUCUUCAAGGGUCUGUAUGAUGACUACGUGAAGUUCGGCAAGUGGAACAAGGGAUGA